ACUUCCGGCUUCCUGUUUCGCUUUAACUUUAGCGCUGCAGGUCUUUACUGGGAUAUUGAUUUCUUGUCUCUUCCCCCUCUCCAAGGACUUGAUGGGAAUUCAGGCGCAUAGUUGCAGAAUUCGGUAAUUCAGCAGCAUCUACCAGUAUGUCCCGAAAUCAGAAGGAGUUGGCAGGCCUCAGUCGGCUUGAAUACUUGCAGGCCUUAGUCACUGAAUUCCAAGUGACAGAUAGUUCAGAUGCCAAAGAGCAAGUGUUGGCUAAUCUGGCCAAUUUUGCUUAUAACCCCCAAAAUUAUGAAUAUCUGCGACAACUCAAGGUCUUGGAUCUGUUUCUGGAUAUGCUCACUGAGGAAAAUGACAAUCUUGUGGAAUUUGCACUUGGAGGACUCUGUAAUCUCUGCCUGGACAAAAUCAACAAAGACUACAUACUAGAGGCCGGUGGAGUGUCAGCUGUUGUCAACUGCCUGGCCAGUGCCAAUGAAGAGACGGUCCUGUCUGCAGUUACAACUCUGAUGUACUUGUCCACAUCCCAGUCCCGCCAAGAGAUCACCACCCUCCCUGUGAUUGAGUGCAUGCUGCGCUUCUCCCUCUCAAACAACAGAAGGCUGAAAAACCUGGCCACUAUUUUCCUUGAGGAUUACUGCAGCCUCUUUCAGGUGGAGCAGGCCAGGAACCUAACCAAGCACACGGCAAUCGGGAUCCCACUGCCCAAGGAUGAAUGCAGCCCAGGAGGCAGCCAACAAGAUCCUCCCUGAAUGAAGGGAAGGGAAAAGAGAAAGAAUUUGGACAGAUAUUCUGCUUUAAAAAUGACUGUAAAUAGUCUUGAGAGUUUCCCUUGGGAAGCAUACAGGGGACUUUCAGGACCUAGGGGGUCCUUUCGUACUCUGAUGUGCUUUUCAAUUCAUUUUCAGGUUAUUUAGAAAUAUGAACCAGUUGCCAUAAACUAAAGGGCCUUGGUAAAUAUUCUAGACUUACUGUAGAGGGGAGCUGAGAGAAUAGAAAUAUAUGUUAUUUGACUGAUUAUAUUUUUCAGUAAGUAGCGGGGUGGGGGGAACAUAAUGAGUCAAAGAGCUGUCUUACAUUUUAGAGCUGUUUUGUUUAUUUAAUUAAUAGGCAAACAACAAACAUUCCAUCCAAGGAUUUAAUAUUUUAAUAAAUCAGUCAAGCGCAUUUGGAAUUAAGAUACAA